GUAUAUGUAAGGCUUCGAUGAGUCCACACAUUGCGUAUUAUCUGCAAAUCCCCUUUUUUCUCUUCACUUUCUUUUCAGCUCGCUUUCUCUCUCCUUCGCAAAAUUCAAUAAACAAAGAACCCUUUUUCCUCCUCUCUCUCUCUCCUCCUGUUUUCUUUUUUAUAUUUCUGAUUUACUUUUGUGUCUCAUCAACAAAAGCCUCUUUUCAAGCCAAGCAUGCAGAUAGAUGCAUAGCAGAAGCACAGAAAUAAGGGUUUCGCGUCCCAUUCUUUUGUACUAUGACAUAUAUAUAUAUAUAGAGAUUGAGAAGGAAGUGCAAAGCUGCUUGAUUAUUUCUCUCUUUUCUUCUUCUCUUUAGUCAGAACAGAAAAACAGGAGAGGAAGUUGGAGACAUUUGGAUCAGUCCUUGUGUCUCCUCUACCUCUCUAUAUUUUUCUCCUCACCAUUUUCUUGGUUUGAUUUUUGAGGGUAAUUUGCGUGUAAAACAACUAUCUAUCUCUCUCUCUCUCAGCCUGAAGACUUUCAGAAAUCUAUCAGAUGAUAAAAAGGGUUUAAUCAGUAGUUUGGAGGGUGGAAAGGGCAUCAAUCAUCAGGUAGAAAUUAAACGAAGAAUUGAAGAAAAUAAAGAAAGAGAGGUGAGGUGAGGUUUGUUUUCAUGAAUUUUGGGGGUUUUCUUGAUAAUAGCUCCUCCAUUGGUAGCGGCGGUGAGGGCGACGUCGUCGGCGGCGCAAAAAUCGUCGCCGAUAUACCUUACAACAGCAGCAGCGACAUGGCUAGCGGCGCAAUAGCCCAGCCAAGCCUUGUUCCACACUCUCUUACAACAAAGUCCAUGUUCAACUCUCCAGGACUCUCUCUUGGCCUUCAAACGGGUAUGGAGGGGCAAGGAGAGGUGGCGAGAGUGCCAGACAGCUACGAAGCUAACAACAGUAACACUAAUAACAGUGUUGGGAGAAGAAGCAGAGAAGAAGAGCCGGAGAGCAGAUCUGGUAGCGAUAACUUUGAGGGAGCCUCCGGCGACGAUCAAGAUGCCGCCGACGACAAGCCUCCCAGGAAGAAGAGAUACCACCGACACACCCCUCAGCAAAUCCAAGAACUUGAGGCUUUGUUUAAGGAGUGUCCUCAUCCCGAUGAGAAACAAAGGUCGGAGCUAAGCAAGCGGCUUUGCUUGGAGAAUAGGCAAGUCAAGUUUUGGUUCCAAAACCGUAGAACUCAAAUGAAGACACAACUGGAGAGGCAUGAGAAUUCGAUACUUAGGCAAGAGAACGACAAGCUUCGAGCGGAGAACAUGUCAAUAAGGGAGGCGAUGAGGAACCCACUUUGCACCAACUGUGGCGGCCCGGCAAUGAUUGGGGAAAUCUCACUGGAAGAGCAACAUCUCCGGAUUGAAAAUGUGCGGCUCAAGGAUGAGCUAGACCGCGUGUGUGCCCUGGCCGGAAAGUUUCUAGGCCGACCCGUUUCAUCUUUGCCUAAUAUUAAUUCAAGCUUGGAGCUUGGGGUUGGGAGCAAUGGGUUUGGAGGGCUAAGUGUGGUUCCCUCCACCGUCCCUAUAGCUCCUCCUCCUCCACCGGACUUCAGCGUUGCAUUGCCGACACGGCAAGGCUCCGGCGUGGGCAUCGAGAGGUCACUAGAAAGAUCUAUGUACUUGGAGCUUGCUUUGGCGGCCAUGGAUGAACUGGUGAAGGUGGCACAGACAGAUGAGCCGCUUUGGGUGAGAGGGGUGGAAGGGGGUAGAGAGGUGCUGAACCAAGAAGAGUACUUGCGGAGUUUUAGUCCUUGUAUUGGGUUGAGACCCAGUGGGUUUGUUUCUGAAGCUUCUAGGGAGACGGGCAUGGUGAUUAUCAACAGUUUGGCUCUAGUGGAGACUCUAAUGGACUGUGGGAAAUGGGGUGAAAUGUUUCCAUGUUUAAUCGCUAGAACCUCAACCACGGAUGUUAUAUCCGGUGGCAUGGGAGGCACCCGCAACGGUGCACUUCAACUGAUGUAUGCGGAGCUCCAAUUUCUAUCGCCAUUAGUACCGAUACGCAAAGUCAACUUUCUCCGCUUCUGUAAGCAACAUGCGGAAGGGGUGUGGGCUGUGGUGGAUGUGUCCAUCGACGCCAUCCGGCAAUCUUCGGCCGCACCCAACGCCACCCGCCGACUCCCUUCCGGUUGUGUAGUCCAAGAUAUGCCUAAUGGCUACUCCAAAGUAACAUGGGUGGAACAUGCAGACUACGAUGAGAGCGAGGUUCACCAGCUUUACCGAGGGUUGAUCGGCGCCGGGAUGGGGUUCGGUGCACAGCGGUGGAUCGCCACGCUCCAACAGCAGUGCGAAUGCCUCGCAAUACUCAUGUCAUCGGCCUUGCCCACAAGGGAUCACACAGCUAUUAGUCCGAGUGGGAGGAGGAGCAUGCUGAAGCUGGCGCAGCGCAUGACUAAUAACUUCUGUGCUGGGGUGUGCGCUUCCAGUGUACACCAGUGGAACAAGCUUUGCGCGGGGAAUGUGGACGAAGAUGUGCGGGUUAUGACCCGGAAGAGCGUGGACGACCCGGGCGAGCCCUCCGGCAUUGUUCUCAGCGCCGCCACCUCCGUUUGGUUGCCCGUUUCGCCGCAGAGAUUGUUCGACUUCCUCCGCGACGAACGCCUGAGGAGCGAGUGGGACAUUCUCUCCAAUGGCGGUCCUAUGCACGAAAUGGCGCAUAUUGCCAAGGGCCAAGACCAUGGCAACUGCGUCUCCCUCCUCCGUGCCAGCGCCAUGAAUUCCAACCAGAGUAGCAUGCUCAUAUUGCAGGAGACAUGCAUAAACGCGGCGGGGUCGCUUGUGGUGUACGCGCCCGUUGACAUUCCGGCAAUGCACGUGGUGAUGAACGGCGGAGAUUCCGCUUACGUGGCGCUGCUCCCGUCGGGUUUCGCGAUCGUGCCUGAUGGCCCGGGCUCCCGCGGGCCCGCGUCGGCGACGAAUGGUCCAUGCAACGGGGGCCCGUAUCAGAGGGUGAGCGGUUCCCUCUUGACUGUGGCGUUUCAGAUCCUCGUUAACAGCCUUCCCACGGCGAAGCUCACGGUGGAGUCGGUGGAAACGGUCAACAACCUCAUCUCCUGUACUGUUCAAAAGAUCAAGGCAGCCCUUCACUGUGAAAGUUGA